AUGACAAAGUCGCAAGCUAUUCAAUACGCCUUGAAGAAAGUUCCACAGAUCCUGCCACUUGAAGAGGAUGAUGUUAAAAACCUGUGUGAGCAGGUGUUAAAGGCGAGUGAAUCGAAUUCAGAGUCAAUUGCACAAGGGUUUCUCGAGUUUUUAGGCCAUGAUGACUUGGCCUUUGAAUUUGUGAUUGGUUUUAACGAUAUAUUCUCUCAGGAAGAAGCUAAGCCGCAAGUCACACCUCAUCCUAGGGUGGAGCAGAAGAAAGUGUCCUCAGUGGAACCUAUAAAGGAAGUCAAGCAAGAGAAGAAACUGCAACAUGUACCGCAGGAAAAGCCAAAAAAGUAUGAGAAAUCGAAACUUAAGGCCAAGAGAAACCAGUUAAUACAUGAAAUUGAUGAGGUUUGGAAAUUCCUCGAACUUGAACAUAAUGAAAAGGAUGUGAAAAAAUACGCUUGUGACUGUCAGGGGAAUAUUCAUCCAUUGUUCGAAGCGGCCCCAAAUUGUCUAUCAUGUGGGAAGAUAAUAUGUGCCAAAGAAGGGCUGCAUCUGGGUAGGUGUACAUUUUGUGCAACUGAGUUCAUACCGCUAGAAGAAAGACUAAAGAUCGUGCAACUACUAAAGAAGGAGAAAGAAGAACUGUCAAAGGAGUCAACUCACAAAGAACAAACGACACAAAGGCCCAUUCAUAAAAAAAAAUAUGCUAACGCAUUUAAAAUCUCAUCAGGAAUGGGUACCAAUCUAUUCUCCGAGCAGGACAAGUUAUUCGACCUAAUCGAAAGGCAAAGAGAACGUGAAAGAAAACGAGAAGAGGUACUUCGUGACAAGGAGGAGGAGGAGAAGAAAGAGGUGGAGGCUCAAAAGAGACAACAACGAGAAUCAGAGACAGAUCCUGAAUUGCUUGAGGCACAAGAUCGUUUGGAUAAACUUCUACAUUUUCAGGAUACAUCUGCCGAACGUACAAAAAUUAUCGAUAACGCCAGCGAUUUCAGUAUUUCCAAUGAUAGUGGUGUGUGGGGUAGUGCACAAGAGCGUGCUCUAAUGUUAAAGAAACAGCAACGCAAUUUGAGAAAAUGGGAGAAAUUAGAGAAUGAGAGAAAUGGGAAGCGUGAUAAAUAUGUGGUCAGUAUGGAUAUUGGUGCUAACGGUAAAGUGGUAAUGAAGGAAGUAUUGAAGAAUAAUGGAAAAAGUACAGCUGAUUCGGAUGACGAUAUCGAAGAAAUAAGUGAUGAAGAAGAUUCAAAUGAUUUGAAAGAAAUUCACCAAUUGAAGGGAGCCAUAGAUUCAACGAAGAACGAGCAAAAGUCUGCUUUGCAAUCGAAAGUUUGGGAUUACGAGAAGGAUAAGAAACAGUUCGAACCUCCAAAAUAUAUUGAAGACUCUCGUCUGGAAGAGCAAACAAACCAUGAAGAUGACAAAACCACUACUCGGGAGCGGGCACCCAGGGUGCAAAUCGAUCAAGAGGGCGAAAAUCUAUGGGACAUGAUUGCAUAA